AAGUCAAUUUGUCACUAUAUUUCUAAAAUAUCCGAAUUUUAUAAUUUCAUUCUACGAUAUAAAUAUUAUAAUUAUAAAUAGAACUCAGAAAAAUCAACUAAUGAAUCAAUUUUAUUACGGAAACAUUAUGAAUAGUUUCUGUUUUGUACUAUCAUAAAUAGUUUGAUAUUUUUAACACAUUUUCAUCAAAAAUGAGGCCUGCUAACAUCAACAAAAUUAGUCGGUGCUUUUACAUAACUUCUCGCAAAUACUCCGAAGAAAAAUCUGUGUAUCAAAAACACGAAGAAGGUCCUAAACCGCGCGAAGUCCACGGAAAAUUGUACCCGGAAUGGCGUAAACCUUGGAUACAUAGAGAUGGUGAAUGGUCUAGCAAGCUCUCAGUUUUUGUUGAAAAGAACCCUAGUCCGGAUAUCAUGUACGCUUUAUCACAAAUACCAAAUUUAACGUUCGAUAAAAUAAAAGCCUGGUGGAGUGACAUGAAAGUAAUUCAGGAAAAACAAAAUCAAAAAUUUUUACCUGAAAGAGUUGCUACACUUGGUUCUAAUUUGGCCGCUGUACAUUUUUUUACCUUUCGACAAGCUAAAGUCAGGUUAAGAGGUUCGAGUGAAUGGAUAUUUGGAGAUAUAACUACACUCAAUCUUCCCAGUAACUACAGUGAUGGCUAUUAUGUAGAGGCUAUUGAUUGUAGUGAAUUUCACCACAAUGGUAUUCGUUUUGAAGGUUUGGAAAACCUGUAUGGUUUAAAUUUUCUCAAGUGGCUAUCUUUGAAAAAUAAUAGACAUGUUGAUGUUUGGUGCAUAGAUAGAAUAGCCGGACAAAAUGGAAAAAGCUUGGAAUAUUUGGACAUCAGUGGGUGUAAUAUAUGUGUUGGUUGUGUAUUUAGUUUAGCAAGAAUGAAAACUCUAAAAAUUUUAAUUAUUACUGAUCCUGGUGAUAAUGUAGAAUUACAAGCUGCAUUGUCUAUGUUGGAACAAGAAAAUCCUCAGUUGUUAAUUAAAGCAGUAGAAAAUAUUGAUGAUAAUAUAAGUAAAUAAUUUUAAUUUUUUUUUGUAUUUUCAAAUUAAAAAUACAUGAAAUUUUUAAUAUUUUAAAUCUAUAGACUUCUAAAUAAAAUUCAAAUGUUUUAAUUUCAAUUAUACUGUAUUUAUAAUUGUUAAAAACCAUGCAUUUAUGAACUUACAGAAGUUAGUUUUUUUUUUUAAAUGACUUUGUUUCAAAUACAUGUUUAUUGUU